GGAGGUAGAAUCUGAGAACCACUGUGGAUCUAGCCGUCAGCUCGUGUGAGAAGAUGUAGGAGACUGUAGUGAGAAGGUGACCGCAGUGAUGAACGCAACAGCAGCGCCUGUCCUCCAGGGGCUCUGGGAGUGUGUGAGAGUUGGACAGUACAGGAUCUUACACUCUCCUUACCUGCCCGCGUCCUGCGCCUUCCUGACGCACGUCCUCUUUUGCGCACCGUUCCUGGCGCUGGACGCGCUGGGCAGCGUCUGUCAGCGGGUCCGCUCCUGGAGGAUCGCCUCGGGUUCGGGUCCUCCGCCGUCCCUCUGGCGCUGGUUUGAGUGUUUUUGGAGGGUUUUGUACAAAUACGUGACCGUCGUCCUGCCCGCCACAGCGCUCUUCCAGAGCAUGCGGAGCAACACUUUUCCAGAGCUGGCUCCGUCCUGUUGGCAGCUCUUUGUGGAAGUUUUGGCUUGCUUUCUACUGUUUGACAUGUUCUACUUUAUGUGGCACUACUGCAUGCACAGGGUUCCCUGGUUGUACCGCAGCAUCCACCAGAUGCACCACCAGCACCGCGUUCCCUUCGCCCUGGUGGCGCAGGACUCCAGUUCGGCUGAGCUGCUGUCGCUGCUGCUGCUGGCUCUGAGCACCGUCUCUAUAGUGGGCUGCCAUCCUCUCAGCGAAGUCCUCUUCCAUCUCCUUAACAGCUGGCUGGCGGUGGAGGACCACUGUGGCUACAACCUGCCCUGGGCUCUGCACAGACUGCUGCCCUGUCUGGGAGGAGCCCCCUUCCACCAGGCCCACCAUAGCCUGCAAGGUGGCAACUACGCCCCCUACUUCACCCACUGGGACAAGCUCUUUGGCACAUACCGGGCAUCAGUGCCGCAUUAAUGUCCGGAAUAACAAUACUGUUGCACACUUGCAAGUGCUGUCAAGAUCCAGUGAAGGAUAUUUUCUGCAGUGUCUGACUGUUUCUAAUCAGCUUUUCAUUUCAUGAAGUACAUGUGAACUCACUUUUUAAAGCAAACCAGCAAAUGACAUUUCAUUCACAUAUCCUGCAGUAUGAAGACAGUUUGACAUCUGUGGCCACAAAAUGACUGAAAUCUGAAGAAUUUCAUUAAGGAACUACAUGCUGUAUGGUUUAAUGUCUUAAAUUCACAAAGUCCAUGGACAGACGUCAUGCUCACGUACAGUAUUUACAACGUAGUUCCUGUGGUUCUCUUGAGUUGGAAGCUUAGGCGCACAAUUUAUGCCAGAGCAAGUGAAUGCAGCUCGAUAGGAGUCAACAUCAAGACAAUGAACAAUUGCCUGAACUAAUGUAUAACUGAUGUGCCCUCUUAACAUGGGUGUGGAUAGAUUUACAUGCUCUCAAAGUGCCUUUGUGGGCGUAAAGCAGCUGAUAUUGUGUGCACGUAGCAGAUUUAUUUUGAUCGUAUUUGCAGUUAAAGGAAAAGUUUGGCAUUUUGGGAAAGUACACUUUUCACUUUCUUGCAGGGAGACGAUUGACACUGUGGACAUGUGAUCAAUACAUAUGAAGCUACUGAGAGCAGGAGUCCAACUUGAAUGAAGGAUGCCAAAUUAUUCCUUUAACAUUACACUAAUUCUUUGAUAUCGGUCUGUCAUUAGGUGUGAAGAGUCUAGACAGCUCAGCACUUAGUUCAUACAAAAUACAGACAUUCCAGUAGAAGCACCUGUAAUUCAAGAAUAAUGUAUAUUAGAAACAUGCUCUACAGUUUGCAACACAUUUUCUGUUUAUUUCAAUGCUAUGUUUGGCCAUUCGUUAAAAGUUUUACAGAUACAGGACUUGACUGGUAUGAGAAAGUAUAUAAAGGCGGAACACAGACCUGGUGUUUGGUUGUUUGCCUCGGGUUCAGGUUUCUGCUGAGCUGCUUUGGUUCGUGAUUUGUAUCAGCUGUCUGUCCUCUGCAAACUGGUCCCACUAGGUUUCGAGUAAUCGAAGCCACAUGUUUUAAGAGAUGAGACACCUUUCCAUCAGUUUUUGCAGUUGUAGUCUUUCUAUUUGUUUUUGUUUUUUUUACCGCAGAGAUCUCAUCAACAGCCAUAAAAUCUAGUAUCAACAACAUUGUUUAGGUUUAUUUUCUGUGGAACUCUGCUAGGAUCAUAUACCAGAGGAUUUGCAACUACCUCUCCUGUUGAGGAAGGGUAACAAAGAGCAUGAAAUUGCUCAAGCUUCCUGCACUACAUCAGUGUCAAGUCAAGUCGAGCCAAUUUAUAUAGCCCCAUAUCACGAAUCGCAUAUUUGCCUCAAGGGGCUACAGAAAAAUAUCGUAGUUAUGCAAUAGAGGUUGUGUGUAAAGAAAGCAACAGCAGAUUUAGUGCUGACAGCCAGAACGACAAAAUUACAGCUUGCAAAUGUGUACCGAUCUGGCACAAGGUUAAAACAAACUUGCUUAAACUUGUCUAGGUCCUCUUUGUGCUGCCAGAACAGCUCUUACCCGUCGCAUGGACACUGGGCUUUUGGAGGUGUUCUUUGGUGUUUGGCACAGAGACGUUGACCUUUGUGUCCUGUGGGUUUUGGGGUUGGGUCCCAGUGGAGCGGGUUUGUUCCGACACAUCUUUGAUCUAAUUUAAAUCUGGAAAGUUUGGAUUAGAGGUCUGUGCCCUGGAGUUUUUCCUUAAACUUUUUCUGAGCAGUUUUGUGGGAAGCUGCAGCCUCUGUGACAAAGAAGCCACGACAUGGAUGUUAGGAGAACAUAGCAUUGAAUACAGAUAAUCAGUGUUUUUAACUUUACCUGUCAGCGGUUUUGAUGUUGUGACCGAUCAGUGUACAGGAAGACUACGGUCCAGGAUUAUGUCAGAUGUCGGCAAACAGACAACACGUGAGCCACAUGACCUCCUCACUGCCAUGGAAAGCAUAAAGUUACACAUACACACCCAAGGCAAAACUCGAGCAUUCCAUCCACAUGUCCAGGAGAGGGAGACGAACACAAAGAAGGGAGAGAGAUGAAGACAGAGAAGAGGAAAUCUGUUGAAUCUGUUGGAGAGAAAUCCCGUUUUGGAUCCAAAACAUUGAGAGUAAAGCACAGCCCAAGGGCAAAGAGAAAGAAAGUUUCCAGGACAGCUGAUGAUCCAGGAUUAGAAGCCUGAGUGAAAAGACAGGAGCAGGAGAGAGAGUUGCACAACUUGGACACUCAUGUGCUUGAGAAACACAAGAGAAACUUAAAGACUCAACAGGGAGCCAAAUACAAUCACUUCAGAGUGAUAACAAGUUUGUAUUUCAUUGCUUUACAUAAGCAGGAUUCUCUGCUUGAACAUCAUUUUGCAACACUGUAGUUAGGUUUUUCUCACAGGCAGCUGUCUACCUAUUAAUGGUGAUUAAAAUCUAUUUUUGAGAGUU